GCAACUUUUUCUUCUUCUUGACUGAAAUGGAGCUAAAAGGUUUGGGGUUCGUCCCCCUUCUGUUGGCGUUUUGGUGUGCGGCCUGGCUUGCCACCAGCUACAUCGUGACGGUCGUCCUCGGCCAUGCCGCCUCGCCACUGAUGCACAUCAGUGACGUGGGAAAUUUCUUUCCCGAAAACAUAUUAUUGAGAAUUGGAUUCAUAGGGACAUCCAUUGGCACUUUGGUACUAACCUUUCUUAUUUAUAAGUAUAUGGUUAUGCAUACUGAAGAGUUCAGGGGUCAUCAGGUCCUGAUCCAGAGGAUCCUGCUCGCCAUUGUGUGGGCCUCCUGUUUUGGUACAGCUGUCAUGCAUGUAUUGUCCCCCGAAGAAUAUCCCAGAAUACACUUUGUCAGCAUGGUAAUUUCCAUUACAUGUGAAGCCUUAUACUACCUUGGGCAGUCCAUCCAGAUGUAUAAAUUACCAGGAGCAAACAAAGUCAUCCGCCAUAGUAGAUGCACCUGCUGUGGCCUGGCUUUUACCUGCGCAAUUUUCUUCUUUGGAUAUAAAACAUUACAGGAAUUAUUCUAUGAUGAUGAAGACUGGGACGAGAUCCGUGAAAUCACCACCAUAAUCAUCGAGUGGGUGAUGCUUCUACUGAUCCUGAUAAACAUCGUGACCUAUUAUUCCACCAUGCAGAGGUUAAUGUUAACCGUUUCCAGGAACAGCUGCAAACUCUCUCUUAGAGUAAGAAUUGAUGACUUCGGGGUGUAGACCAUCACGUGGGCCAUCAAGUGGACUUCUGGGAGAGAUACUGCACAGGACACGGGAAAACCAUAAAAAAAAAUAAUAUGAGCUG